AUGGAUCCGCCCUUUAUUCCUCAAAUUGAGGGCCAAGACAUUGCCAUCAACCAUGUUUUGGCCCGAGCCGGUCUGCAACAUCAGGGACGUAUAUCAUCUUCUCUUACCGAUCAGAUGAUACAGCGGGGUACCAGUAUUAUCGUUACAUAUCUCCUGGACGAAGUGCCCGAGUUUCUUGAACUAGCUGAGCUACGAAGACAGGGAUGGGAGAAUCCUGCGGGCGAUCGCCACUUCCAUAAACAACGUCGUGCGGCAGACAAGACGGAUAAGCAAACAUCGAAAUAUCACUACCGUCUUAUGCAAAGAAUCGGCAAAGAGAUUCACAAUACCACUACGGGUCUUGCCACGAAGACGGUUCCGGGAACUAUUCUCGAUAUGUGUGUCGCUCCCGGAGGCUUUCUCGCAACCGCCAAGAGACUAAAUCCUGGAGCCGAGGUCAUGGGAUUCAGCCUACCUCCUUCCGAUGGAGGAUAUAGUGUUCUUCUGCCUGAAGACACACAGAGUUCCGUGACGUUCCUAGAUAUCACCAUGCUCGCUGCAGACAUGGGCGUCACAAUUCUUCCAGAAGACCACCCAGAUAUUGGGAAGUUCCUCCCCCGUCAAUUCAAAGAAACUCAGCUCUUCGAGCUAGUUAUAUGCGACGGUCAGGUUCUUCGUACACACACUCGAGAGCCCUAUCGCGAACCGCGUGAACAUACCAGAUUGAAAACCGUACAACUUGCCCUUGGCCUUGAGCACAUGAAACCAGGCGGCACCAUGCUUGUUCUUUUCCAUAAACUCGAAUCAUGGGACACGGCAUGCUAUAUACGUACGUUUAGCGAGUUCUCUUCCGUCAGAUUAUUCAAGCCGAGAGGAGGCCACGCUACUCGUUCGUCUUUCUAUAUGGUUGCCAGUCGUGUUCAGAGUCAGCAUCCCAACGCUCGUCUUGCAGUUAAGAAGUGGAAAGAAUUAUGGCGCGCUGCGACCUUCGGCUCGGAGGAGGACUUCAUGGAAGCUUUUUGUGACGCCGGCCCAAAUGCAGAGAAAUUGUUGGAAGAGUUUGGUUCGGAGCUUGUUAGCCAUGGCAGGGAGAUUUGGCCUGUACAGGCGCAGGCUCUUGCCAGGGCGUCUUACGUCAAAAGCUAG